AUCAUGUAGCGCAAGAAUUGCUGUGUAGGUACCAAAGUUAUCUUGACUCUUGCAGCUGUAGGAAUCUCGAAGCUCCAAACUACAACCUCGACAGCCGGUAUACGUACGGCCAUCCUCCACUCAUCGAUUUCAUCCAGCCUUUGAAGAUGUUUCCUCGGGUAUCGUCUGAUGACGGGCACCUAAUACACUUGCUCUUCAUCGCGGGCAUAUUCGCUUUGGGUACGACGGUUCUCAACGCGUACCAUAGCUUGCAUUUGCGCUCCCAGAUGCUUGCCUCACGAAAUCAUAAAGAGUAUUCUUAUCUUGGAGAUGACUUCCCGCCUCGAAUACUGAGCGCCAUACAGCCCGCUGCUAUGAGCAUAUUGAAUGGCAGUGAUAUCUAUCCUCUUGGCGAUGACAAGAAAUGGGCCUCUGUCGUACCUCCAGGUCAUGGAUUUGUUCGAAUGGGCCCAACGGGCCGACCUUUUGCCAUCUCCAUGGGACAUCAACUCCAUUGUCUCAACGGUAUUCGCUUUGCGUAUAUCGCCGCUCGUGAUAACAUUUUCUCUGAUCCAAACGACAUCACCGCGUCUUUCAAUCAUGCCAACCAUUGUUUUGAUCUCAUACGACAAAGCAUCCUCUGUAACGCAGAUACCACGCUGAUUCCAACCGGAGAGUCUGGCGAACCAGGGACACUCUACGGAAGUCUCCAUCGGUGUCGUGAUUGGACUCAAGUACGUUCAUUUAUGGCCAGUAACCAGAAGCAUUGGAAGGGGGUGCCUCUUGAACCAAACUCGAAGCUGUCCUCUCCAGAUGGCUGGUGAACGAUGAUCGUAUAACACGCAGCGGUGCCAGGCCCUUCAAUCAUAAUGAUUAAUAUGUAUAAUCUUGGAAUGACUCCGAGCUCUUUGUACUUGCCUUGUGCUGCUAGUUGACAUAAUAAUAUCCUAAUUGGUGUACUAUUCCGAGUGCAGGAAGCCCCACUAAUUAUGAUCAGGGUUGCCUCUCUGAAACCGUACUAACGCUAUACCCUUUGCCUGCAAUCGGAUCGCUAAUUGCAAAACAAAACCAACGAGCUGCGUAUUUUUAUUGCAUCUUGGUCUCAGUUGGACGGAUACAGCCUAGUUGCAAGUUGUUAGAC